UCAAACAAAUAUAGGGAAAACUGGUUUCAUUAAUCCGAUAACCUCCUCUAUUUAAAUUUGUGCCUCUCCCUCGUCCAUUGGAUCUAAAAUUUGGUGUUGGGAUCAUGUUCGGGUUUCGAUUUUGCCCAUUAUUCCAGCCUUGGCCCCUUUGGUUGUUAAAAUUCCGAAAAUUUCCAUUGCCUCGGUUCGCUUGGUUCCAUGUCGAGUAACGGUUCGAUUGUCCCCUCCAAUUUCCUCUAUUCCCUCUAUUCCAUUGGUUAUCUCUAUAAUUGUUAUUUUGGCGAUAAUUUUGGCCUUGGCUGUUUUGCCCUUCUCUCAUAUUCACAAACUCCCUAUUUCUAUUGGCUCUAAUCUCAUUCACCUCCGCGAGCGUUGCUUUCACCUCAAUCUCUUUUGUUCGCCUCCAAACAUCAUCUUUGAGAGAGUUUGUCAAUUCCUCCACUCUUUUAGCUUGGGUCACGGCCUCCGCCAGCGAAACUGGCUCCUCCAUAAAAAUCACCUUCUCUCUUAUCUCCGGUAACAGCCCCGCUCUCAGCCGAUCUCUACACUGCUCGUCCCUAAACCUCUUAGCCAUUUCUUCGUGCUGUCCCUUCACAUUUUUUACCACCUCAUUUCCUAAUGUCAAUCCCGUUAAAUCCAUUUCCAAGCAGGUGUCGGGAUAGGCAAACUCCACCAAAUUUCGCAAAACGCCCGCAAACUCUUCCACAGACUCUCCCACCUUUUGCUUCCUCUCCAUCAUCUUCAAUCUCGCCACUUCCCUUGUCGAAAUUCUCUUUAAUCUACUCGCUAAUCCUUCAACAAGUCCUUUCCAAGUUGCCUUUUCCUCCUCAGGCAACCCUUCAUAGACAGCCAGCGCCGAGCCGCGCAAAUAUAUUGGCAAAAUCUGGCAGCACCGCGCUGGCUGCCAACCAUGCGCAGUCGCCACCCUAUUGA